AUGAUGGAUGCCAGUGUCGAUGCGAUUGAUAUCGAUGAUGACGACGAUGCUGGCAUAUUCAGCAUCGCCAAUGACCUCCAAAGUGAGGACGGUGACACCCUCACUGGUGAAGACAACGUCCUUUCAGCAGUGCACACGAAGCGCACUGCUGUUGAUAAGGAUGAAUCAGCAGAUGAAUUUCUGCUGACUCGCGAAGCGGUUGUCCGCUUCGUUCAAGUUUCUAUUGCAGAUGCAUGA